CUUCGGGCCUCGGGGGGGCCCAGUGAGGCGCCGCUCCUGGGGGGCGCGGUGACAGGCCGUGCGGGGGCGGAGGGGCCAGCUCGGUGGCCUCCUCUCGGCCCUCGGCUCCGCGAUCCCCGCCCAGCGGCCGGCAAUAAAGAAUGUUGAUGAGAGAACCAUUGUCCUUUUCCCCAAAUUAUUGAGCUGGUUGUCAUCAUGGAUGAUCAGCAAGCUUUGAAUUCAAUCAUGCAAGAUUUGGCUGUCCUUCAUAAGGCCAGUCGGCCAGCAUUAUCUCUACAGGAAACAAGAAAAGCAAAACCUACAUCACCAAAAAAACAGAAUGAUGUCCGAGUCAAAUUUGAACAUAGAGGAGAAAAAAGAAUCUUGCAGGUUACCAGACCAGUUAAACUAGAAGAUCUGAGGUCUAAGUCUAAAGUUGCCUUUGGGCAGUCUAUGGAUCUGCACUAUACCAACAACGAGUUGGUAAUUCCAUUAACUACUCAAGAUGACUUAGACAAAGCUGUGGAACUGCUGGACCGGAGUAUUCAUAUGAAGAGUCUCAAGAUAUUACUUGUAACAAAUGGAAAUACACAGACUGCUAAUUUAGAGCCGUCACCGUCAUCAGAAGAUUUGAGUAAUACACAACUUGGUGCAGAGAGGAAGAAGCGGCUGUCUGUAGUAGGUCCCACUAAUAGAGAUAGAAGUUCCCCUCCCCCAGGAUACAUUCCAGAUGAACUACACGAGAUUGCCCGGAAUGGGUCAUUCACUAGCAUCAACAGUGAAGGAGAGUUCAUUCCAGAGAGCAUGGACCAAAUGCUGGAUCCAUUGUCUUUAAGCAGCCCUGAAAAUUCUGGCUCAGGAAGCUGUCCAUCACUUGAUAGCCCUUUGGAUGGAGAAAACUAUCCCAAAUCACGGAUGCCUAGGGCACAGAGCUACCCAGAUAAUCAUCAGGAGUUUUCAGACUAUGAUAACCCUAUCUUUGAGAAGUUUGGGAAAGGAGGAACAUAUCCAAGAAGGUAUCAUGUUUCUUAUCAUCAUCAAGAGUAUAAUGAUGGUCGUAAGACUUUCCCAAGAGCUAGAAGGACCCAGGGCACCAGCUUCCGGUCUCCUGUGAGUUUCAGUCCUACUGAUCACUCCUUAAGCACUAGUAGUGGAAGCAGUAUCUUUACCCCAGACUAUGAAGACAGCCGGAUCAGAAGAAGGGGAAGUGACAUAGACAAUCCUACUCUGACUGUCACAGACAUCAGCCCGCCCAGCCGCUCACCUCGAGCUCCAACGAACUGGAGAUUGGGCAAACUGCUUGGCCAAGGAGCUUUUGGUAGGGUCUACCUCUGUUAUGAUGUUGAUACCGGAAGAGAACUGGCUGUUAAACAAGUUCAGUUUAACCCCGACAGCCCGGAGACCAGCAAGGAAGUAAAUGCACUUGAGUGUGAAAUUCAGUUGUUGAAAAACUUGCUACACGAGCGAAUUGUUCAGUAUUACGGCUGCUUGAGGGAUCCUCAGGAGAAAACACUCUCCAUCUUUAUGGAGUAUAUGCCAGGGGGUUCAAUUAAGGACCAACUAAAAGCAUAUGGAGCUCUUACUGAGAAUGUGACUAGGAAAUACACUCGUCAGAUUCUGGAGGGGGUCCAUUAUUUGCAUAGUAAUAUGAUUGUCCAUAGAGAUAUCAAAGGAGCAAAUAUCUUGAGGGAUUCCACAGGCAAUAUCAAAUUAGGAGACUUUGGGGCUAGCAAACGGCUUCAGACCAUCUGUCUCUCGGGCACAGGAAUGAAGUCUGUCACAGGCACGCCAUACUGGAUGAGUCCUGAGGUCAUUAGUGGAGAAGGCUAUGGCAGAAAAGCAGAUAUCUGGAGUGUAGCAUGUACUGUGGUAGAAAUGCUAACUGAAAAGCCACCUUGGGCUGAAUUUGAAGCAAUGGCUGCCAUCUUUAAGAUUGCCACUCAGCCAACCAACCCGAAGCUGCCACCUCAUGUCUCAGACUAUACUCGAGACUUCCUGAAACGGAUUUUUGUAGAGGCCAAACUACGACCGUCUGCGGAGGAGCUCUUGCGGCACCUGUUCGUGCAUUAUCACUAGCAGCCGGCGCCUGCUCCUGUGCCCCCGCCAGCCCCAUCCUCGGGUUCACCUUCUCUCUUACUGCACUUUCCUUUUUAUAAGAAUGAGAGAUGGGAGACAAAGACAAGAGGGAAAAGAUUUCUCUUGAUUCCUGGUUAAAUUUGUUUAAUAAUAGUAAACUAAAUUUUUUAUAUUUAAUCUUUUUUUUCUUUACAAGAACUUGAAACUUCUUUUUUUUAAAAAUUUUUAUAAUGUACUGAUGUGGUUCAGCGAUAUAAAGCACUUUAGUACAUAGUUGCUCUUUUUAGUACAAACAAAUCAUUUGGAAUAUAUAAAGAUUGUAGUCUUGCCCUGUAUCACUGACAUGGAAGACAAAGAAAAGAAAGUGAUGUACAAUUUGUAGUUUUUAGUGAUAGUAUUUAAAUAGAUCCUUAUUUGUGGGGUGGAGCCCUAAACUUGAGUUUAGGGUAGGUACUCAGCUUAAAGAAUAUAGGUUCCUUCUUAUAUCUGUAUUCUUUAGAUCCUAACCUCUGUCUAUCAAGCUUUUUUGCUCAGUAGGAAUCUUGAUUAGGAGAUGCGAAUCUCUAAGAGGUAUGUUUGUUAAUCCUAAGCAGUAUAAUAGACAAAUACAUUAUAGUGGAUCCAUGUUACUGGAAUCUGUAAGCCUUGAGAGACAGCUUUCUGCUUAAAAUACUGUUGUAUUUGAAAGCAGAUUAUGUGAAGCCAAUGAGUAAAUUCAACUAAAACACAGACGACUGCUCAUUAGAUGUAUGAGCAGUAGAAUAGACCACAUUUGCCAGUCAGUAGAAACAAUGGAAAAAAGAACCAAGUGUCAUUUAGUAUAUUUUAAACAUUAUUUACUUGAUGGGAAAGUCCCCAAAUGAAGGGAACUGAGAAAUAAUAAAAAUUGUAUAUACUAUCUUCCUAUUUCCAGCCCUAUAGGUAACCAUCUUCAACUCAAAUACCCACUUGUUAAAGUUCCUGUCACGAAAUAAAACCUUGUUCUUGGGAUCCCUGUGUACGUAGCCAGAGGGACCUCAGAAGAACAAACAUGAGGUAGAACUGAGAUCAGUGGUGGGGAGUCCUUCACUUCACCUGACAUCUGUCAGUGCCUGGAGACACUGUUGCCAUAACUGACACGGUACUGCUGCAUCUAGUGGGUAGGGGUGGGGUGCUGCUAAGUAGACUAGUGCACAAGGACUCUUCCCAGGAAUCAUCCUGCCACAGAAGGCAGAAGUGCCUAGAAGGAAAACCCAGUUAUAAGCCAAAAACAGCCCUUCACAAAGCAGAAACCCAGAUUUCAGAGGAAAGACGCAGGGCCAUGAGGGUCCUGAGAGGUGACGAUUAGUCAGGGGUGCACAGCUCAGCACAGCAGGCAACAGUCGGUCCUUUGACAGCUGCUGGUUGUGUUGGAAUCACUAUCUCUUUAGAAAUAAUGGAUUUGAGUAUUGAACCUUUUGAAUUUUGCAUCUCUGUAUAUUCUUUCCUUAAAAGUCAGUUCAUCCUUCUAGGCCCAGAAAAGUAUACCAAAACAAAGUGUUUGCUAGCAGUGGGAAGGUUAAAGCACUGCCAGAUAGUUCCAGUGUAAGCAUCUACUUAGAGCCAGGUCAUUAAAUGGAAAGACUAAGCUGGGGAAGAGCCCACUGUCUCUAGUAGAAUUAUGAGACUUGAAAAACAUGAAGGUGUCAGUAAUUUGGCCACUUGAAAUUUUUCAGCAUAUUAAACCAAGUGCUAAGUAGUUUAUUUUUUAAAGUCUAGAUGAUAACAGUCUUCCAGGAGACCCUGAAUGGGAUGCUUUUCAUCAGAAGGGACUAAAGAGUCUGAUUUCAUUGUUGUUAUUAUUGCAAGGCAUGUUUAUUUAGAUAUUUUUUAAGUACUUGGCUUCUGAAGUUAUGUAGAUCUGGCUUUAAUGUAUCAAGAUCCUAUCCAGCAUACCCUGUAAUAAUUUUUGAAAUUCCAAUAGUCUAAGAGUCAACGCACAGAAUGUUAGUUAACACUUCUUUACAGUGUCAAGCAAAGGAAGCCCCUUACAAAGAACAAGCAUUAGGUGCUGCUCACCUCAGCAAAUCUUAAUCUUAUGCUGGAAACCUAACGUGUGCGUGUGUUCUAAUUUCUUUAUCUUUUAUGAGUGAGGGCAUCUUUUCUACUUGAGCAAAAUUAUGGUACCUGGAUUGCUGGGGUUUUAUUUUGUUUGUUUUGUUGUUUUUUUUGUCUUUAGUCUGGUUGUGAUUUCUCUUUGGCUCAUAUUUGGUCCAUCAGGGUAACGUGCAGUACAGAAGAGAGACAAACCCUCUUCAGAAAGAUACUUGCACACUGGAACUCAAAGCAGGUGUUAGCUUUUUAACAGUCUCCUAGUUCUUUUCUAAAUUCAGUAGUAAAUAGCUGCAUCAGAAUACUUUUGCUUUUAAGAAGAAUAAAAUUAUAAAGACUUAAAAAUAGACUAAUAAUUUACAGAGUUAUUAUAUUGAAUAUGAUGUGAAUUUAUUUCAGACUAGUUGUGAAGGUACCAAAAACACAAUGAAAGUUUAUAUACAUACAUAUAUACAUACAUAUAUAUGUAUAAAAGUAUACACACACAUGUACAUGUGUAUAUAUAUAAAAGUGCAAACCUUGCUAGAGCAAAAAAGCUUGAAGUAGAUAGGGGUAUGGGACAUGGAAGAUCAAUCGUAAAUUUAAAAAAAAGAAGUUUUUGAAAGGAAACAAUUUGUCAAAGGAAGUAAAAUAUUACACUCCAUUUUUUUUCUGCCUAAUAGUAUGGGCUGACAGAUGAAGUUUGAAUUUUUAAAAAUGACUCUAAAUGUAUUUUGUUUUUUUAAAUGCACAACUGAUUCUUUGGUACUGCAAUGUUUCUUUGUGGCUGGGAAAUGGCCAGACUUCUGACUUUGUGCCUUUACAUGCAUUCUGCAUUGCCAGUAGCAGACUUCCGGUGCUGGAGCGAGAUCCACUAGCAGCGACAGAUGUGCUUUCAGGAAGCACCGUCUGCCGAGGCCCUGAGAGAUUCAAAGUGGUGUGACAGGAGUGAGUCAAGUGGAGACCUUUCGCAGUGCAAACAAAGGGUUGAAAACAUAACCAGUACAGUUCUUGAUGGAUUGGUAUUAAAAUGUAUGGAAGUUAUACAUACUUUGAGGUUUUCAGAAUGAAUGCCUUGAACAAUUUCAGCACUUUUCCUUGUUUACAAAAAUAUAUUUCUAACUUUAAAAACAUCUAUAACUAUUGCCUUAGAAAGUAUUAAGAGGCACAAUCUACAAUAUAUGAGAAGUCAAAUAUUAAUGCGCAUGCUGGACUAUAAAAGAAAUUAAAACUGUUAUUUCAGAAUAAAUUGAAUUGGCUUUCAUUUGAGUCUUACCUUGUUCCCAAUAGAAAUUACAUAAAAAGUAAAAGUACAUCUUUAGAAUAGCUUUCUGCUACUAAGUUCUGACAUUGGUCAUGUCUGACCUGUACUACUUCUGAAAUAGAGUUGUUAUAAAAUAUGUGAAAUCACUAAGAAAAUAAAAUCAAACCUGAAUAGAUUGGCAGAUGACCCAGCAUGAUGCAGACUCCUUGGCUAAUGGCAGAGUUUACGCCAAAGGUUUCAUUUGGGGUCUUGAGAACCUUCAUAUAAAUUCAGCUGGAGUCAACCAGGUACACAAAUAUAUGUCUUAUUUUAAUUUGUGUUUUUGGAGUCAGGGUUUUCACUAUGUGUUUCAGGCUGGCCUGGAACUUAAAUGCUCCUGCCUUUGCUUCCCAGGUGCUGGGAAAACAGGCAUGUGCCACCACACCCAGCUUUGUCCAUUUAAAAAAAAAAAAAAUAGGGUCAAUCUUUUUAAUUUUCUUACUCAAUAAUUGUGAUGUGCUAUGUCACAUCAAAUUAAUAUCCUUCAAGAAGUUACAGUGGAGGAGGAGAAUGGGCAGACAGUUACUUAAUGGCAUACCCUAACUCUGAAAGUUUAGCAGUGAUGUUUAAAACACUAGGAUUUUUAUAUGAAAUAAUAAGGAAGAAAUUUUGGAUAAUUGUUGACUAUUGUAGACUCCAAAGACAGUAACAAGAAGGAUUAGAGUAUAACUAUCCCAAUAUCCCAGGUUAGACAGCCUCUGUCAGAACCUGUUCUUACUACACCACGCAGCCCUAGUCUGUUCUGUGACAACGGAGCAUUUUUUCCUUAGCACACUGUAUUGGGGUUCUCCCUGACCCAGCUGUUGUUACUGUUUUACUUUGGUUUUUAAGGGGAAAAAUAACCCCAAACUUUAGUUUUUAGGUGUUAAAAUACCCAAAAUAUUUGAUAGAGGUUGAACUCCCGCCAAGUGUUUCUUAUGCAAAGAUCAGGUUUUUUGAGACCUUAUGGUUUUAUCAUUAAAUUUGGCAUUUACUUUUAGAUGUAACAUUCAUAUUUAUUUGACUUUAACACUGGUUAAACUUCAAUGAAAAGCAAUUUGUUAAUUUUUAGUAGUGCCUUUUUCUCUGUAUGCCUUAAUUUUAUUUUAUAUUUGUAAUUCGAAUUACCUAACAAAAUGAAGGUUUUUCCAGAAGCACUAGGCCUCAAGAGUUUAUCUGGCCUUGGACUGUGUGUUGGCCCCUAUGUGUUUCUUAUUGCUUAUUUCUUCCUCUUACCCUUUCUACCUCUUUUUUUAAAAAGUUCGCAGAAAAACAGUAGUUCUGAUUGCAGUCUCCACUAGAUGUGAAGUCCUAAAAUAACUAUAGAAAGGCAUUCUCAUUCUAAAAGACAUAGUAAAUUGAUUUUUUGAUUGAUUACUUGAUUUUUCAGUCAUAUUGGCACUGUCCAAGUUCUUUGUGUCUCGUUAUUCGGUUAUGGUUUUCAUAGAACUAGGAUUGUUGUUUUGCCCUAAAGAGCUCCUUUCACAAAUGUUGAGGCAAUGAGCAUGAAAUCCAGGGACAGCGAAUUCUAAUCCUUAGUGUUUAACAUGUUAACUGAUACUCUAGCUUACUGUUCUGUGAGUGUGUGUGUGUGGUGUGUGUGUGUGUGUGUGUGUGUGUGUGUGUGUGUGUGUUUGGAGCUGGGGCAGGGGUAGGAAGGAAGGUGUAGUUGUUCAAUUAGAUCUGUCUCUGUUCUUGGAAGAACAAUUGAAAAUGUAUGAUCUACUAAUGUGGGGUGAGAAUGGUCAUCCUCAAGUAGGCAUGCCAGUAUAUUUUCCGUAAGUAGCUAGUACAAAUGAUUGUUUAAUAAAGGUAUUUAUUGUAAAUUGCCAAGCUCUUAGUUGCUAAAAGUAGGUUAAAAUCAAUUUGUGUGUUUGUGUGUAUAAUAAUUAGCUUAUAUAUAAUUCUUAAAUAGAAAGUAUUCAAUCUUAGCUAUUUCUCCAUGAACUUUGUGGAAUAGAAAUUCUGCCAGACGUUAUCUAACCUAACCAACUUCCUUAGCUUACCAAGUCAUCAAAAGGAAAUACUGUUGUACCUCUUAUUGGUUGGUUAAGGAAGGUGUGCCGUGAUGCCACUGUUCCUACUUCUUAGUCAGUGUUCGUGUUGCUUUGACUCCUCCCACUGUCCAGACAGGAUGCCAUACGAGCUGUGGAAAUGCCAGGGCCAUCCUUCUCUCCAUUCGCACUGUUCAGAGUUGGAGAUGAUAAGUUUUCAGGGGAACCUAGACAUUUCUUUUCUCAGAGGUACUAAGAGUGGUCAAGGUUGAGCUUCAGGAAGGUAAGGGGGGAGUCAUAGCUAUAGUAAAGAAAUGAAUAAAUUGUAUCCAUUGCCUGUAUACAGUCUCAUAAUUCAUGGUUUGUGUGUGUGUGUGUGUUUUAAUAGACAGUCAUAAAGUAUUAGUCAUACGCUGGGCGGUGGUGGCGCACGCCUUUAAUCCCAGCACUCGGGAGGCAGAGGCAGGCGGAUCUCUGUGAGUUCGAGGCCAGCCUGGUCUACAGAGCCAGAUCCAGGAAAGGCGCAAAGCUACACAGAGAAACCCUGUCUCAAAAAAAAAACAAAUAAACAACAACAAAAAAAAAACAAAGUAUUAGUCAUAGGGUAUUGUUUCCUAACAGCAAAGACAUUAAAUAAGAGAAUACUCCUGUCCUUCUGCCUGAUGAUGUUUGUUUGUAUCUCAGUCUGUAUUACCAGAAUCACUUUAAACCAAAGCUUUUGUAUUCCCUGCACAUAUAGCCAAAAUGACUAGCCCUGUUAAAUUUGCCCAUGUGUAAGCUAAGAGAAUAUAAAUGGUAGAGCAGAUGCUAGUAGAAUUUGUAUGCCAAUCUAUCCUUCCAGGAAAAGGACAGGUGCUCAGUGUUCGCAUUUAGACAUGCAGAAUUUCCUUCAACUAUUGUGGAGCUAUGUAGAUUUGCAGACUUAAAUUUGUAUGUGUGCCAAUCUUACUGACGUCUUUUGACCACUGAUGUAUGUAGAUUCACAUUAACAUCUGAUUCCUCAGAUUGGUGGCUUAUUUUCUUUCUAGUGUCUUAACAUUAAUGAGCUGUGUUUGACUUAAGGGACAUUUAGACAAUGCUGUGAAGAAAAGUAGGUCAUGAACUGCAGUCUGCUUUGUGCCAUAGACAUUUGGAACGUACAGAAGCAUCUGCUCUCUAGUUCUUUAAAGCUUACAGAAUCUGUCCCCUGCUUAGGAUUUCUGAAUCUUGUAAUGCCAGUUGAGAAAAGUUUAUGACUGUUUUGAAAAGCACUUUUGUGUUUAUUAUUUGUAUGUUUUAUAACUUUUUUAAAAAAAAACAGUGUAAUCAGUGAUUUUAGCAUUAGCGUUACUUAGAAGGGAAGAUAAGUAAUUAUACGUUAAACUCUAGUAGAUGCUUUGACUCCAGGCUAUAUUUGACAUGUUCUCAUUUUUCCAAAGACUGUUUUUCCCACCUGCAGUAAGGAGAGUAGACAAGUGGGAAGCUACAAGCCAGAAAGGCGCAUGGGCAAAAGAAAGUGGGCCAAACCCUCGUGAAUUAAAACCACAUUCUCUAGGGAGGAGAAUACUUCUUUAAAGACAAACAGUUGUGGGUGGUUGUUUUUUUUUUAUAAUUAGUAAGUAAAAGGUUUACAUUUCUUCUAUUGCUGUUGGUUUUUAAAUUUAGCCUGCAUUCUGAAAUAUUGUAACCAAGUUAAUACCAAAAAAUACUUUUAAUGUCUGACAUCUCUUAUAUUUCAUGUGGUUGUUUUUACUCAUUGUAAAUAAACUUGGAUAAAUUUGAAAACAAACUUUUAUCUUACAAACUAUGAUUAUCAAUUUGUAAAUUUACCCUUUGACUUAAUGUAAAUUUAAAAUGUAUCCAUUAAAUUCUCUAUAUUUAAUGUAUUAUUUUCAGCAAAUGUUUUUAAUCUCAGUUGAAUACUGGGCAGUUUAUAAUUAUGUAUAAAUAUUUUUUUGUUUCUUACCAAUGUUGACUUUUUUGCACAUUUUCCAAACAUUUAAUUUGUACACUGAUUUAUAUGACCAAUAAUGUUGAGUGUCUGCGAAUCAUGAGUGUGUGCAUUGAACUACUGUCUUCGUGUUUGCACUUCUUCCAGAUGUAGCCCUCAGUUACGACGCUGCUACAGUACUUAGUAGGACCUUCUUGCUUUUGCAGAGUUACCUUGUGUGGUUCUGUCUUUGUUGAGGAACUCAGGAGUUCAGUGUUGCAUUCUAAGUUUAUCCUGUAUUCUGAAUCAGUUCCUAGGUUGAAAGUAUUCUGUAUCACAAGCUAUGGGUUUGUGUGGAGAUGUCCUUUUCCAUGUGUAGGUACAUGUAUAUAUCUUAGUAAAUUCUUAUUUUCAUUUCAUUUCUACAAUUUAAAGAACUUUAUGAUAAUUAAAUAUAUGUAAAAGCUUUCUGAAAGAUUAUUUACUAUAUAUAAAUAUACUAUAUUUUCAUCUGGCUGGUCAAAAUUAUUUUUUAAAUUUUGGUUUUAACCAUUUAAGCAUUUGUAGUUCCAGAAUUGGAUACAGCGUUUGCUUAGAGCUCAGUUAAAAUACUCUUGCAGUUAACAUCCUUUUUUGGGGGGUGGGAUGCAGGAUUGUUAAGCAGUAGCAAAACACACUGUCCACUAACAUGGCAUUUGACUUCUCAGAGCUGUUAAAAAAUGUGAGCAACUAAAUAGUCUUGAAGACAUGUCAAGAUUUUUAUAUUUCCAUUACUUUAGACCUGUCUGGCUAUUAUUUUUGAAUAUUUCCUUUAUUUCCAAAAUUUUCAAGUUUUAAUUUUUCUCUUACUGAGCAAAGUUAGACUGAGUCUAUGAAACAAUGCAUUGGCAUUGUGAUUCUUCACAGUUGACUACCAUUGUGUUAGGAAUCUCCAAAUACACAGAGUGUCUUUAUACUGUACUGUGUGUUUUAAGCAACCGGCAGAAAAAGAGUUGGAAAUUAGGUUUCCUGUCUGACAAUGUUACUGUAUUCAGUGUUCAGUGGAAGCCUUCUAAAAGUAUGUGGUGUUAUAAAUGAUUUGUGUUAGGAAUAAAGUCUCCAGUUGAAGUUGACUAUCACUAAGCUUAUUAGGUUGAAAGGAACCCAUGUGAUUAGAACCUACCAGAAGCCAGACACAGUGUAGUAUGUGCCACAUUUCAUACACUUUUUGGGUUUGUUGUUCAUUCAAAAUUGUGAUUGUAAAAAAUGUGUAAAAUUUCUUGAGUUUUAUAAUUUCUAUGUAUUUUUCUCUUGCUGGUAAAUAGCUUUUUAAAAAUUUAAUAUAAAAGAAACCAUGUUUAUAUUUUGUUAGUGAUUAUGAGUUUGUUUAUAUGGCAAUUUGUGUAUUAUUGACACAUCUUUAUUUAGAUUUGUCAUGCAUGAAGGCCUGCGAUAUUUAGUACAGUGAGACAUACUUUUUCUUUCCUGUUCAUCUUUGGACGGAUUGUAGUACAGAGGCUUACUAUCAGUAAUCUUCUGGACUGUAGGAUGGACAUAAAUGAUGGCACUUUGAGUGUUAAUAAAGCUGGUAUUUAUUCCCACUGUGA